UCUGAUUUAUUUUCAUUAUUUAUUGCAUAAUUAUGGGCAAAAAAGCCCCGUUUUUUGUGCAAACGGCACAAUAAGGCCCUACUUAAGCUUAUUUAACCCUUUUUAAAUCGCAAUUUCUCGUGUAUUUGUCAAAUUGUUUACCAUCUGCCCCCGACCACGUGAAACCCCAGUGUUUUAAUUACCGUGUUCUUGCCAAAUCUCUGAAUAUGACUAUUAUAGUCAAUCAAUAAGCAAAAUGCCACAAAACGAAUACGUAGAACGCCACCGUAAACUCUACGGCCGCCGGCUCGACUAUGAAGAACGCAAACGCAAGAAGGAGGCCCGCGAGCCGCACAAGCGGGCCCAAGUGGCCCGCAGCCUCAGAGGCAUCAAAGCCAAGAUCUUCAACAAGGAGCGGCGCAAUGAGAAAAUACAAAUGAAGAAGAAGAUCAAAGCGCACGAAGAGAAGAAAACCAAGCAGAAAACGGAGAAGGUGGCCGAGGGCGCGCUCCCUGCCUAUCUCCUGGACCGUGACGUCCAAUCCCGAGCCAAAGUCCUCUCGAACAUGAUCAAACAAAAACGGAAAGAAAAGGCCGGGAAAUGGGACGUCCCCAUACCCAAAGUGCGCGCACAGAGCGAUGCCGAAGUCCUCAAAGUCGUCAAAUCGGGAAAAUCGAAACGGAAAGCCUGGAAACGGAUGGUGACGAAAGUCACCUUCGUUGGGGAGGGAUUUACGAGAAAACCGCCCAAGUUUGAACGGUUUAUCAGGCCCAUGGCGCUCAGGUUUAAGAAAGCGCACGUCACACACCCAGAACUCAAAGCUACGUUUUAUUUGCCCAUCAUUGGGGUCAAGAAGAACCCCAGCUCGGCGAUGUUCACCAGUCUGGGGGUUAUCACCAAAGGCACUGUGAUCGAAGUUAAUAUCUCAGAGUUGGGGUUGGUGACGCAAGCGGGCAAGGUUGUCUGGGGGAAGUAUGCCCAAGUUACGAACAAUCCCGAAAACGAUGGGUGUAUUAACGCUGUUCUUCUUGUAUAAUUUUUCUAAUAAACGUUUGAAUUAAU